GUGAUUUAGUUGUUCACACUCACCUGUUUCAGACGAGAGAAAACAAACUGCGAUUAACUUAAAAGGAAAUAAGAUUAUUUUAUUGGUUUUAAUUCAUUAUUAGCUGUUUGUUUAUUGCUUUGAAACGAUUGUGGAGUUUUGGAGUUUCCAGCUCCUUCCUCGCUCGCCAUGGCCCACUUCGGUUUUGAAAACGACAUCCACAGCGUGCUGAAGCUGGACAUGCCCAUCACCAACGCCCCCAUGGCCAGGUGGCAGAGAAAAGCCAGCACGUCCACGUCGGCCAACACGAGCGCCCUCUCCCCCAACAAAAGUACCAACCGCUCACUGAGCAUGUCCAAGACGCCCAGCAAGACACCAGGGAAGAACGGGAAGACUCAGAGCACGCCCUCAAAAGCCGGCGGUGACCGAUUCAUCCCGAUUCGAAAUGCCAAACAGAUGGACGUGGCGAGCUUCCUGAUCUCCAAGGAGAACGAACCUGCCGAGGAACCCGUCUCCUCAUCCUCACAGUCGACUCAGAAGGCGUGGUCCGUAACGCUGAAUGGAUACGAUCUGGAGGAGGCCAAGAUCCUGCAUCUGGGAGGAAAGCCGCUCAACGCUCCUGAAGGUUACCAGAAUAAUUUGAAGGUUCUGUACAGCCAGGUUCCAACACCCGUCUCAGUAAAGAAGAGCCGCUACAUCUCCUCAGUUCCAGAGAGAAUUCUAGAUGCUCCUGAGCUCAGGAACGAUUUCUAUUUGAACCUGAUGGACUGGGGUAGGCAGAACCUGCUGGCCGUUGCUCUGGCCGAACACGUGUACCUGUGGGACGCCGCGGUGGGCGACAUCGUCCUGCUGAAGAAGAUGGAAGAGGAGAACGGCUACAUCUGCGCCGUCUCCUGGAGCAAAGACGGAAACUUCCUAGCUAUCGGAACCAGCGACUGUAAAGUGGAGUUGUGGGACGUGCAGUAUCAGAAGCGUUUGCGCAGUAUGGACGGCCAUCAGGCCCGAGUCGGCUGCCUGAGCUGGAACGAUCACGUCUUAUCCAGUGGAUCCAGAUCGGGUUUGAUCCACCAGCACGACGUGCGUGUCGCCGAUCACCACGUGUUCACGCUCAGAGGGCACUCGCAGGAGAUCUGCGGCCUCACCUGGUCACCUGACGGCAGGUAUCUGGCCAGCGGAGGAAACGACAACCUGGUGAACAUCUGGCCAGCCAUGCAGGGCGGAGCUCAGGCUCCAGUGCACUCGUUCAGCGAACAUCAAGGAGCUGUGAAGGCGUUGGCGUGGUGCCCGUGGCAGCCGAGCAUCCUGGCAUCAGGAGGAGGAACGAGUGACCGACACAUUCGCAUCUGGAACGUCAACAGCGGCUCCUGCGUCAGUUCCUGGGACACGCAGUCUCAGGUCUCAUCGCUUCUGUUUGCACCAAACUAUAAGGAGCUGGUCUCGGGUCACGGUUUCGCCCACGACAAGAUCUUCAUCUGGAAGUAUCCCUCCCUCACUAAAGUCACGGAGCUGGAGGGUCACGAAGGCCGCAUCCUAAAUCUGACCCUCAGUCCCGACGGCUCCACCGUGGCCUCGGUCAGCGCCGACGAAACCAUCCGGCUGUGGAAGUGCUUCGAGAAAGAUCCGGCCAAAAAAGCCAAACCUGCCGGCAGCAGCAGCAUCAUCCAGCAACACAUUAGAUAACCGGUUUCACCAUCAGCACCCCCGACCCCGCCCAUUCGUGAUAAUUUAUGUAUAAAGGAAUGUUGUAAAGUUUGCAAUAAAGGUUUUACAUUCGUUUUAA